AUGCUCGUCACCCUCCGCCCCUCCGUCGCCGCCCGCUCGGCCCUCAAGCAGGCCGCUCGCGCCAUGUCCACUCAGGCCGAGCCCCUCGUCCUCACCAGGCGCUCUGACUCGGGCAAGGUCGAGAUCAUCCAGCUCAACCGCCCCAAGGCCCUCAACGCCCUCUCCUCGCCCCUCUUCAACGAGCUCAACGCCGCCAUGGAGAAGGCCGACAACGACCCCGAGGUCCGCGCCAUCGUCCUCACCGGCGGUGACAAGGUCUUCGCUGCUGGUGCCGACAUCAAGGAGAUGAAGGACAAGGAGUUCGCCGACGCCUACAAGAACAACUUCCUCGGCACCUGGGGCAAGGUUGGCACCAUCAAGAAGCCCAUCGUCGGUGCCGUCGCCGGCUACGCUGUGACUAACGCCCAGCUUGGCGGUGGCUGCGAGCUCGCCAUGAUGGCCGACAUCCUCAUCUGCUCUGAGAAGGCCACCUUCGGCCAGCCCGAGAUCACCCUCGGCAUCAUCCCCGGUGGUGGUGGCACCCAGCGCCUGACUGGCCUCAUUGGCAAGUCGCGCACCAUGGACAUGGUCCUCGCCAACCGCAAGAUCAACGGUACCGAGGCCGCCCAGUGGGGUCUCUGUGCCCGCGUCGUCCCCGCCGAGCAGUCCGUCACUGAGGAGGCCGUCAAGAUCGCCGAGCAGAUCGCCAAGUUCGGCCAGGUCGCCGCCAUCGCCGGCAAGGAGACCGUCAACGCUGCCCUCGAGCUCCCUCUCCAGGAGGGUCUCCGCUUCGAGCGCCGCAUCUUCCAGGCCCUCUUCGCCACCAAGGACCAGAAGGAGGGCAUGGCCGCCUUCGCCGAGAAGCGCAAGCCCACCUGGUCGGACAACUAA